AUGCAGCACAUGGGCUCGUCCUCGAGUCUCGCCCGAGUCGGAAUUGUAUACAAAUAUUUAGAAACGACCGAACUGCGCGCAGGGAGUGCGGGGGAGAGGGAUGGUGAGGAUUCGGACGACGAGGACGAGUAUUCGAGCAACGAGGAUGGGAGCGAUAGCGAGCCGAUGAUGGAGGAGCCUCUGGGACCCUCGGCCAGGAAGGCACCAAGGGGCAAGGACCUUCACACGCACGCCAGGCAAAGGAACUUGAAGCAGAGGUUCGUGGCGUUGCUGAAGAGGUUCAAAGUCAGUGAAGAUCUCCAAACCGUUCUCGCCGGGAACCAGGAAAUCGAGCAGAAGCUCUCAGGUGGUGAGAUCAUGGAUCCUGAGGACAUUGAUGACCUCCUGAAUGAGUUUGAUGACUUGAGCGACAGUGGAGGAGAAGUGGACAACAUCUCUGUCUCGUCCACGCCCAAACCUUCUCUCAGGCCGUUCUUCUCGUCCUCGCGAUCGCUCGUGUCGGAGACUGUUCCGGAGCAGGAACAAGGAGCCAGAGGAUCUGAUCGAAUGAGUGAUGAGAAUUCCAAGAAAGGAGAUUCGGAUUCACACCCGGAGCACCUGACAGAUGCUGAGGGAAGUGAUCCUACACUGCACCAUCACCACUACCAUCAUCACCACCCUCCUUUGGCUUCAUCUCCACCAAAGGCCUCCAGUGGGGAUGAGAGAAAGGACAAGGAGAGAGAGAAGGAAAAGGAGAAGGAGAAGGAUAAGGAGAAGGAGAAAGGGGAGAAGGAAAGAUUGAGUGGAUUGACGGAUCUCCUGAAUGCAGGUGCGAGGUUCUUUCCCAAGGACAAACCCUCUGCCAAUGUUGGGAUCAUGCUUACCAAAGACAAGAAGCUGAGUGUCCUCCUUCACAAGGAUAAGGACAGGGGUGCGCUCGAGAAGACCAUCCCUGCAGUAGUCGAACCUAGUCCUCGCCGCGUCGUCUUGGAGCAGCUGGGUCGGCUGUUCCCACCCGAUGAGCCCGGGAUGCCAGAGAACUUAGUCAUCCUGAAUACCUGUGAUCCCCAAGGAGCACAUUUGGCUUCCUUGUUUCAACAAUCGGGAGAUUUUCUCCCAGCUAACGCUUGUCCCAAAGUCAUAUGUACUGCAUCUGCUGCUGAUGUUAAGGCCACGUUUGUAGCCCUCUUCUCCAAGAUUCAGAAAUUCUGCAACAGCAAUGCAAAAGCACCUCCAUCAGUGAAGGUGGCUCUUGUUGGCUCAGAAAGCCACGUGAAUGCUGCUUUGCGUACCUACGUGGAGCAGCUAGCCACGAAGUCUCCUGACUGGCUUGCUUAUCUCCAUUUCCUCAUUCUUCCACUUGGAGUGAAUGCAUUGUCCAAGUACAUCUGCUCAGUGGACAGUGUGUACAACAACAUGUUUGGGGAAAGUGGGUGGCGAGAUCUCCUGGAAAAAGAAGACAAGACCAAGAAAGACACGCAAGAGGUCGUAUCUCGGAUAGGCCGAUACCUGGGUUUGUGCUGUGGGCUUCUUCAUCUACCAGUUGCAGAAGCCAUGGUCACAUACAAGGGGAGAGGUUCGGAUGAGGAGUCUUCCCAGAUAUUCAUUCCAUUUGUCAAUGAGGUUCGGAUAGCAUUCACGGAGGUGGGUGCCUCCACGUCGGUUGACCUUGAAGAGGCAUCACCAGGAGGGCAGAGCAAUUUUGGAGGAAGUGCUGGCCCAUCCUCUCUUCCUCCUGUGUCUGGAUCCCCCCCUCAGUCUAGUCACCUGGAGGUAAAGAAAGACACCACACCCCCUUCAUCACCCAACAUUAGCUCAACUAACCCACCCCUGUACACGCAAGGAGCAGAGCCAAUGGAUUUGCAACUGGAAUGGUGGCUUGCACCAGGCUCAAAGGCAGCAUUAGAGAAAGAAAGGGAAGCCAAAGAAAAGGGGAAGAGUGAGGUAGGAAGUGGAAAAUCUUCUCUUAAGGCUGGCUUCUGGAGCGUCAUCAUUCAGAGACGGCCUCCAUUUGGACAGACUUCUUCUUCCACCUUCACCAUGACAUACUCUCUCAAAGAAAAGAAGCAGAAGAAUGUGAUUCAAAGGUUGGGUGGUAAGAAGAAGGAAAAUGAAUCUCGAAGCCAGACUGUGGAAGGUAUUAAUCGUCUCGUCUGCCUUGCCAAGAGUCAUCAUUAUUCUUUGAAAGUUACCAUCGAUGGAGUAGAGUGGUCAGGUGUCAAGUUCUUCCAACUGUCAGCACAGUGGCAGACCCACGUGCGUCACUUCCCCAUUGCCACCAUGUCUCCUGUGACAUCAAGUGGAAUGGAGAAGUAGUGAUUUCUUUCUCAUCUCAUCUUACACAUCAAAGCCUCUGUGGAUUCAUUAUUCAUUUAUUUGCCUGGCUCAAGCAUCCGUGUUGUCUCAGUUGUCAACCAUCAUGCUCAAUUCCCCAAGACUACAGCUGAGAAACUGCAAUGAGAUAUUUCUCUUUCUGUUCUUGUGCAAAACCAAGUCAUUUAUUUUUCCUCUUACUUCCACCCCAUUUUUGUGGGCCUGGAAAAUUUUUUAAGAGAAUGAGAGACACAAGGCCCAUUUCUUUUCGUUAGAGGAAAUUUCCAAUUUCCAAUUUGUCUUAUUGAAUCAGAAUUCGCAUCAUGAAAUUUUUUUUUAAUGGAUCAAUUGAGACAGCUUGAAUGUAGCCCAAAUUGAGGCAGUUGUUAAUGAGGAAGCCAAUAAGUCAACUGCCAGUUUCUCGGUGUUAUUGGUAAAGCCUUGAGUUUUCUGUAGGCCCAAUGUCAGCCUCUGCCCCUUGUGAACUGGGAAGCAGUGAGGUCUGACUAUAUUCAUCCAAAGAGGGAUAGAUCUCAAUUACUACUGCAUUGAAUAGUUCAUCCAGGGAAGCAAGAGUGUGGCUGAGAGAAGUUUUCCAAGGAGUCAUUCCAAGUCACUUGGUUAAGAAAAGAAUAAAUAUAGAGUUGAUCCCAUCUCAAAUGGCAAAUAUCGAUAUUUGAUUUCCUCAGGGUCUUAAUUUCUUUCUGUGCUGUCACUUGUCAAGCCAGACAAUAGAUGAGGGUUGUCAGCUGCAUCAGGUUAAGGGAGAGUUCCAACUCAUUCUAAUUCCUUGGAUGAACUAUACCCAAGAAAAUAAGGUGAAUGAGUGCAAGUGAAAUGUGACAUUGGUUGUACCUGUGAUAUAGUAGUAACUAAGUUCUGCUUGUAGGAGAGGAACAGAGCAUAAAUUGCAAAAGUUAGUGUGGCAUUUUUUUUUAAUGCUUGGAAUUCAUAGGCAAGUAAGGACAAUAAAUUCAUUUUUUCUCCUGUUGCUUUUUAUGAAAUUAUGAAC